AUGGCCAACGCCAUCAACUUCGCAAACCCACCAGGGGCACGUUGGAUAGAACGGCGGCUUCCCACGGUCACGGAGAUUCUAGGAUGCAAGCCCGACAACGGCGACGUCCAGCUGGCUUACAGAAUUCUAGGUCUUCACUCAACAACAACCCGCCCGACUGGCUACCGCCCGAAGCCGAAAUUGUUCACACACUGGUGCAAUAGGGUUCUCAACCGCAUAUGGCGUGACCAACAGAAUGUAAGCGAGAUAGACAUCAUUCCGGGCGACGUCCCCCAGAAACGUGUCAUCGAGGCAAACAAGCGCGUCCUUUCGGCCAUACACACGAUAGCUGGUAUCCGACGCCCAGGUCACCCGCGUUGGUCACCCAACACAAAGGUCCGAAUUCAGCCGUGGCGAUCGAUUAACCAUAUACUGACAAAUUGGGACUUGCCACAAGACAUCACCUCGGCUACUUGGUCACAAAGUGUUGAAGUUCCCCUGAGCGUGAACCAGUUUAACGCCCAUUACGCGCGUGCAGACGUGGCACAGCUGGCGCGUGACCGGCCUAGGAAGGGAAAGACGUGGCUUCCCACAGCUUUCAUGGUCUUGGAUGCGAAGAAACGUGAGAACGAGGAUAUCUUUGACGACUUGGCUUGCUACGGCUUCGAGGCCAAGCCGCAUUUCAUGCAUCCCCAGGACAAGCCUGCUGGCUCGAAGAAUAAUCUGGAGUACAAGUUUUGGGCAGGCCCCACGCCGAAAAACGAGAAUAGCUUGUGGUAUGCGCUGGCGUUGCUGGUCGAGCACAACCCCACGAAGGCAAAGGACAUUAAGUGUCUUGCCGCAAAAUGGUUUAUUGACAUGACGUAUGAACAUCCCAAUAUGGGCGCUCAUCACGCUGUCCGCCGGGCAAAACGCUUUCGCAUGUACAGCCAACUUCUCGCCGACUCGGCCAGAUGCGCCGACCCAGACGACGAAGAGAUUUGGGGCAAGAUGAGCAUGUUCCGAGCCCUCUGCAGCAACAGGCCAGAUGCCGGAAUGCCCAAAGAGGCCGGCUACCACGAGAUGUUGCACAUGUUGGCGGACUUCUUCCACACCGAGAUCAUCACGUUUACCCGGCCGAACCGCAAAAAGUUCAAGCUGAGAGAUCACGAUAUCAAGGACAUUGAUACACAAACCGUUGACGCGGAGUUCGUAUAUGAGAUGAGGGUGUAUGGCGAAACACCUCAGGGGUCCGAUCCCACCUUCGGGUUUCGAAAAAGGAAACAGAUUCUUCUGGCCACGGAUUCGUGCUUGAGAUACUUUCAGCCGGUGAUGCGUGUUGUACCAACGACGUACAAGGAGGACGAAAUUGACGAGAGUGUUCUCCCGGUACAUCUCGACACCACGGCGUUUGACAAAUGGGAACGCCACUCGCCCAUGCCCUGGUGGCCCGGGUUCCAGCGUAACGCAGACAACACGGGCUGGACGGGCGACUGGGACGACCCGCAGCUCCGGCCGGGGCUCCGCCUCUACCCAGCAUCGUCGGUGUUUGAUCCCCCGGUAAUCUCGCACACGUUGUCGCCCUGGAGCCCUGCCAUUGGUCUACAACUACUUCAAAGCCCAUACGAAGUGAUGAAGAACCUGAGUGGAGGACUAUGGCCCCCAUGGAAACCUUGGUUCGAGGGCGACGAGGACUGCGACUUGUGGAACAUGAUUCAGCCGGAGGGACUAAGGCUUUCGUGGAGACAUCCAGAGGCUCCACAACAAAGGCCUGAUCGACGUAUAGCGCUAAGCGACAAUCGAGCACGCAUUGGGCCGAAGACCCCGAAGUACACGUCGAAGAGACGGCUCGAGUUGGUAGAUGGCGUGAAGGAGGCAUUUUUGGAUAAGCCGAACAUGGGUGAGUCUGAGAUUGGUUGGAUGAAGGUUGUCACCACAGAGGACGAGAGUCGGGAGCCGUACUGGCACAGGGCCAAGCGAAGGAGGACGUAA